AUGUCUGCGCCGCCCGAUCCUCUGCCGCAGGCAGUUGUAGUGGGCGACGACAAGCUCCAGGCGGCCGAUAGUUCUAGAUCGGCGUCUGGGGAUGAAGCCAAGGCCCCGGAUGUCAUUCUGCAGCCCCCCACGCCCAAGAAGAAAUGGUACCAGCGACUGAAUCCCUUGCGCUGGCAGGAGCCGCCGCCAGUGCCGGAGGAGCGGACGCCGUCGAGGGAGACGGGGGCUGGCUUCUUCAGUGUGGUCACGUUUCAGUGGAUGUCGCCGUUGAUGAGGGUCGGAUAUUUGCGACCACUCGAGUUGCAGGAUAUUUGGACGGUGAAUCCCAGCCGCACGGUCGACGUAUUAUCAGACCGGCUGGACGCUGCAUUGGAAAGUCGGAUUGCGGGCGGAUCGAACCGCCCUCUUGUCUGGGCUUUGUACGACACCUUUCGCUUCGAAUUUCUUCUUGGUGCGGUCUGCCAGUUUUUUAGUGCCCUGCUGCUGGUGUUUGCGCCAUACUUGACCCGGUAUUUGAUCGCAUAUGCGGGGGAGGCCUAUGUGGCUCAGCACACCGGUCAGCCGGAGCCGUAUAUCGGGCGUGGCAUGGGCUUUGUUGUCGGUAUCGCCUGCAUGCAGGCUUUCCAGAGCUUAUGUACGAAUCAGUUCCUCUAUCGCGGCCAGAUGGUCGGUGGGCAGAUCCGUGCUGUGUUGAUUUCUCAGGUCUUUAAUAAGGCUAUGAAGCUGUCUGGUCGUGCCAAGGCGGGUGGACAGGCCACAGCGGAGGAAGUAAAAGCGUUGGAGGCUACCAAGGAAGUAUUGAUGAAACAAGAUGGCAAGGGGAAGAGCCAGGAUCCCAAGGCUGCAGCUGCGGCGUCGUCUCCCGGUGGUGUUGCGGGUGAUGGUCGCGGAUGGAACAACGGCCGGAUCAUUGCACUGAUGAGUAUCGACGUGGAUCGCAUUAAUUUGGCGAUGGGUAUGUUCCAUAUGAUCUGGUCUGCUCCGAUUACGAUCAUCGUGACCCUGGUUCUGCUUAUCGUCAACAUUGGCUACAGCUGUCUCUCUGGAUAUGCUCUGUUGGUUUUCGGUAUGCCCUUCCUGACCUACGCCGUGCGAUUCUUGAUCAAGAGACGUCGAAACAUCAACAAGAUCACCGACCAGCGAGUGUCUCUCACCCAGGAGAUUUUGCAGGCUGUGCGAUUUGUCAAAUACUUCGGGUGGGAGAGUAGCUUCCUCGCUCGCUUGAAGGAUAUUCGGAAACGGGAGAUUCGUUCUAUCCAGACCCUUCUGGCCGUUCGAAACGGUAUCCUCUGUGUCUCGAUGUCGAUCCCAAUCUUUGCCUCGAUGCUCGCCUUUAUCACCUAUGCUUUGUCGAAACAUGACUUGAACCCGGCCCCGAUCUUCUCAUCGCUCGCUCUGUUCAACUCGCUACGACUGCCGCUGAAUAUGAUGCCGCUCGUCCUUGGCCAAGUCACGGAUGCAUGGACGGCGCUCAACCGCAUCCAGGAGUUCCUUCUCGCGGAAGAGCAGAAGGAAGAUAUUGAGAAGGACGAGACCAUGUCUAAUGCUAUCGAAAUCGAACAUGCAUCCUUUACCUGGGAGCGUUUGCCCACCGACGAAAAGGAAGGGGACAAAAACCCGAAGAAACAUGUGAAAGCCCCCGAAUCUGCCGGUCCUACUUCCCCCGAUGAAAAAGAAAAUGUAGAUGACGCGGUUCCACAAGAGCCAUUCAAGCUUAAUGAUGUCACACUGGAGGUCGGACGAAACGAGCUGCUCGCAGUCAUUGGAACCGUUGGCUGUGGCAAGAGUUCUCUGCUCUCGGCUUUGGCUGGUGAUAUGCGUUUGACUGAUGGCACGGUUCGCAUGAGCACGACCCGGUCGUUUUGCCCGCAGUAUGCCUGGAUCCAGAACGCCUCGGUGCGCAACAACAUUUUGUUUGGCAAGGAGUACGAUGAAGCUUGGUAUGAACAAGUCAUCGAUGCUUGCGCUCUGGGUCCAGACAUGGAGAUCCUGCCCAACGGCGACUUGACUGAGAUCGGAGAGCGUGGUAUCACCGUGUCUGGUGGCCAGAAACAACGUUUGAACAUUGCUCGUGCCAUAUAUUUCAAUGCAGAGCUUGUGCUCAUGGAUGAUCCGUUAUCAGCUGUGGACGCCCACGUUGGACGUCAUAUCAUGGACAAGGCAAUUUGUGGUCUUCUCAAGGACCGCUGCAGAAUCCUGGCUACACAUCAGCUUCAUGUGCUUAGUCGCUGCGAUCGGAUUGUCGUGAUGGAAGAAGGUCGGAUCCACGCUGUUGAUACGUUUGACAAUCUGAUGCGUGACAAUGAGCUUUUCAAGCGACUCAUGUCCACGUCUGGACAGGAAGACUCAAAAGUGGAGGAGGAGGCUGAAGCUGCGGAAGACCCUAUCGACGAGUCUAACGAGAAGGCUGCACCCAAGAAGAUCACCCCCGGUAAGCCAGCUGCUGCCGCUCUGAUGCAGCAGGAAGAGAAAGCAACGGAAUCUGUCGGAUGGAGUGUGUGGAAGGCGUACAUUCGAGCCUCGGGCAGCUACUUCAACGCUGUGAUGAUUUUCAUCCUCCUCGGUCUUGCCAACGUCGCCAACAUCUGGACAAGUCUGUGGUUAUCUUACUGGACAUCUGACAAGUAUCCGAAUUUCUCAACGGGUCAAUAUAUUGGUGUCUAUGCCGGACUCGGUGCUAGUGUUGUCCUGCUGAUGUUUGUGUUCUCGACUUAUAUGACGACUUGUGGAACCAAUGCUAGUCGCACGAUGCUUCAGCGCGCCAUGACCCGUGUACUCCGCGCACCCAUGUCAUUUUUCGACACGACCCCCCUGGGCCGCAUCACCAACCGCUUCUCCAAGGAUAUUCAGGUCAUGGACAAUGAACUGUCGGAUGCAAUGCGUAUUUAUGCUUUGACAAUGACUAUGAUUAUCUCGGUCAUGGUGUUGAUUAUUGUCUUUUUCUACUACUUUGUCAUUGCGCUUGUUCCAUUGUUCAUCUUGUUCCUGCUUGCGUCCAACUACUACCGCGCCUCCGCACGUGAGAUGAAGCGGCAUGAAUCGGUUCUGCGAUCGAUCGUCUACGCGAAAUUCGGCGAGGCCAUCACCGGUACAGCCUGCAUUCGCGCCUAUGGCGUCGAGAACCAAUUCCGAAAAAGCAUCCGUACCUCUAUCGAUACCAUGAAUGGCGCCUAUUUCCUGACCUUCUCGAAUCAGCGCUGGCUCAGCGUACGACUCGAUGCUGUGGCUACAACACUCGUGUUCGUGACUGGUGUCUUGGUCGUUACAUCUCGAUUCAACGUCUCGCCCAGUAUCUCUGGUUUGGUCCUGUCUUAUAUUCUAUCCAUUGCACAGAUGCUGCAAUUCACCGUUCGCCAACUUGCCGAGGUGGAGAAUAACAUGAACGCCACAGAGCGCGUUCAUUAUUAUGGAACCGAGCUUGAGGAAGAAGCACCUCUGCACAGGGCCGAGGUGGACGCCAGCUGGCCUCAGAAGGGCCACGUUGUGUUUGAGAACACGCAGAUGCGGUAUCGUGAUGGACUGCCCCUCGUUCUCAAGGGUCUGACCAUGGACGUGCGAGGAGGCGAGCGCGUCGGUAUCGUUGGACGAACGGGCGCGGGAAAAUCCAGUAUCAUGUCUGCUCUCUUCCGUCUCACCGAGCUAUCCGGCGGUUCCAUCCACAUCGAUGGCAUCGAUAUUUCCACCGUUGGUCUGCAUGACCUGCGGUCUCGACUGGCAAUUAUCCCGCAAGACCCCGCUCUCUUUAAGGGCACCAUCCGCUCGAACUUGGACCCCUUCAACGAGCACACCGAUCUGAAAUUAUGGAGCGCCCUGCGCAAGGCAUAUCUCAUCGGUGACGAUACUACCGGCCCCGAACCCGAAGCCAUCCAGAGUGUACCCGCCACCGGGACCACGACCCCGGUCACAGGCAGCGACUCCAAGGCCCGACCAACAAACCGUCUGACCCUAGAGUCCCCCGUCGACGAGGAAGGCCUGAACUUUUCCCUCGGCCAGCGCCAGCUCAUGGCUCUCGCCCGUGCUCUGGUUCGCGACGCCCGUAUCAUCGUCUGCGACGAAGCCACCUCGUCCGUUGACUUUGAGACUGAUCAGAAGAUUCAGCACACGAUGGCGCAGGGCUUUGAAGGCAAGACUCUGUUGUGUAUUGCGCACCGGCUGCGCACGAUUAUCCAAUAUGACCGAAUUUGUGUCAUGGAUCAGGGCAGUAUCGCAGAGAUGGACACUCCGCUUGCGCUUUGGGAUCGAGAAGAUGGUAUCUUCCGGGCGAUGUGUGAGCGGAGUGGUAUUACCCGGGAGGAUAUUCUGGCGUCUGACUGA